GACAGAGAGAAAGAGAGACAGAGAGACAGAGAGAGAGAGAGAGAGAGAGAGAGAGAGAGAGAGAAAGAGAAUAUUUUCAUUGCCCUCAGAUUUCAAUCCCCCCUUCAAAAAUCCUGUCGCCGCCACUGGGUAUAAACAAAAACGCACUUCCUUAUUUCAUUGUGCGUCAUGCUUUCACAAAUGUCUAUUAAUUUAGCUAAUACAAUUUUUAAUACUCCGGCCUCUCACCAUCGAAAACUACUGGGAACUUGUUCUAUAUCACUUUAAAUCAUCGAGUGACUGAACAAACUACGGACAAGAUGGAGCUUCUAUCAAAUGAUACCGCUAAUGACACUUUUGUACCAGAUGGUUCCAUGGAGGAUUUUAGCAGGCCUACCAUUUUAUUGGUCUUGGAACUUACCAGCCUUUUCAUCAUCAUGAUCAGCGCCUUUGCGGCCAACGUCACGGCAAUCUUCAUCAUCCUGCGCGUGCGCAUUCUGAGGCGAACCCCCCACAACCUGCUCAUCUUGACGUUGUCUCUGGGUGACUUGGGCGUGGUCUUCACAAGUAUGCCAUUCUCCGUAGUGUCUUCUCUAGACGGCGGAGAAUUCCUACGGACUCAUCAUGGUGUAUGCACGUUUAAUGGUUUCUGCGUGCUCCUCUUUUCACUCGUCAACUUCCUUACCAUAGUCGCCAUCGCAAUGGACCGUGUCUUCAUCGUCACGUCAGCGAAAGUACUCCAGACUCACGGUCGCCUCAGGGUCGGCAUCAUGAUCGUAUUUCUAUGGUCGUUGUCCGUCGCUGUCGCGCUUUUGCCUGUCACGGAAAUCGUCUCGACGAUGAUCUAUGUCCACUACACCCGCCACUGCACGUACAAGGACGAUGAGGAGGAGGACGAGCGGUUCCGCAUUGCUAUGCGGGUCAUAAUCAUCGGUUUCGUACUGCCAGCGCUGACGGUUUGUUACUCGAUCAUCGCAUAUUUCCUCUGGAAGCAGAAGCAGAAGUUGAGGGCGCUUCAGCAGGCUGGGCGCACGCAGCGCGGGGAAAUGAAGAAGACGAAGAGAACAGACGGAGUGAAGAUGGCCUCUUCUACGACAACCACCACAGAUGCAUCGGGCCAAUCGGUGAGUGAUCCCUCGAUGGCGGAUUCGGCAAGUGUUGUGACAAUCCGGACAAACACAACCUACAUCAAUCAAGACAAGGUCGUCCCAGAGGCAUCGUGGAGCAGUACCUCACCCUCUGAUCAGAAGGGAGAAUCUGGUACUGAUGUAGCUUCUGACGGGAACCGAUGUAGGAGUGGGAUCCAAGAGGAAAGGGUACAAGCUCCUUCUACAACCGAUAGCGCUCCAAUGGCUGAUGAACGUGGCAGAAACAAAGCGGUCGAUACCGCCUCCACUGUCAAAAGAGAGAAGAAAAACUUCGAGGUGCAGAAACGAGUGGCUCUCAUAGGAUUCCUUCUGGUGCUGUCACAGGUCAUUUGCUGGGGACCGUUCUUCCUCGUUCGCGCCAUGUCUGCUGAUGUUCCCGAAAGUGUGGGUGUGUUCACUAUGUGGUCAGCCUACUGCGUCAAUGUCAUCAACCCACUCAUCUAUGCAUUCAUGAACCGACGGGCAAGGAAAGAACUCGUCACCUUCAAAGACACCAUCCGGAAGAAAAUGCAAUGCACGGGGAAUCCCCGAUGAAAUUUAGUUUAUCAGCCAUGACGCAUACAGGAAAAUGGCACUUCCUUUCAAAUGUUCCUGUAGAAUUAGACAGCGCUGUAUGGGAUUGUUAUUGCUUUAUGAUAGACAUUACACAUUUUCGGCUGUUUUAUCUUUUCGAAGAUUAAUUACAUUGAUAUUUUAGCUAUUGCUAUCACGGUUAUAUCUUUUAACUAAUUUCAUUGACACUGUCAAUACAGACAUUGUACAAAUAAUAUUGGUUUAUAUCAAUAAUGUUGGUAAAUUCGAAUUUGUGAGCACGACAAAGAUCAUUAACUUGAAGGGACAGAAAAGGUUGGAAAACGGAAUCAUAGAUGAGGAAUAUAAUAAGUUAUAUGAAUAUAUGUAUCUAAGGAAUAGGCUUAUAAGGAAUAUCGAGCCAAAAUAUUUUCCACUGGAAAAUCGACGAGACUAACAUCUGGGUAUCGUUUAACAAAACCGACAUAAUAACAAGUUAGCCGACAACCCACUGAAGUGCGUGUCUUAAGUUGACGUGUGUUAUAAUGGGACAUCAGUGAACUUGUGAACCCAGACCGACAAUUCCGUUAUUAGACCGAAUGGACGAGAAGGGUUCAUUUUGGGAUCGGUGUGUAGUCGGUUUGGUAACUGAGAUGUGACUGAGUAAUGUUCGAAGGUGCUCUAGAUCUAUUAAUUCUUUGGGGAAAACCGUUUCAUUGUACAUGUUAAUUCAAUCAAUAAAAACUGAAUAAAUCUACAAUCGCAGUAGCCAAUCAGUCAAUCAAUUAUCAAAGAAUGAAUCAAUUCAAUUAAUCAGCCAAUUAAUCACUCAGUCAAUCAAUUAUCAAAAAAUGAACAAUCACAUUAACUAUCAAUAAAUAAAUAAAUCGAUCAAUCAAUCCACCAAUCAAUUCGCCAAUCAAUGAAUAUUGCAGUCAAUGAGUUAUUAAACAAUCCAUCCAUCAAUCCAUUCAUCAUUCUUUCAAUCAACCAACCAACCUUUCAAUCAAUUAUUCAAUCAA